GAUAGUUCCGAUAAUAAUAAAGAAUGCGAGGGCGAAUGGGCGAAUGCAGUAGCUUCAGGAGUACAGUACAGUUGUCGGGCCGAUGGUUGGAUUGAGGGGCGGGCUUCGGUGUCUGUCUUGCCACUUCCUCCUUCGGACUCGGAAGACUUCGACUCCACGUCACAGAGGUCGUUCCAGCUCCAGCGAGCGCAGGGGUUCUCAUUGGUUCGAGCUCAAGAUCCCAACGUUCUUCCAGCGGACGAAGCCACAUCGAGCGAGGACUAUCUUGCGAUGACAAUUCAUGCCUUUUGCAACACCGAUGCUCGUGGCUUCGAAAUAUCAACACCGAGCCGGGCAACACGUUUUCUCCAUUUUCCCAUCCCUCUGGCAGAAUUUGGAUGCACAUUUGUUACGUAAUGUUAAACAAUGCCUCGGAUAUUCGAAAGGCUCGGUGUUGUGCGGUGCCGGCAUCGUUCGGUCAACGUCAACUUGGGCUUUUUGCAACAUUGAGCGAAUCAUUACUUAUCCUACAUGGUCGUGUAUUUCUUCAAGAAACAACGGAGAGUGUGGCAGUCUAUGAUAGGAGACUCGGAACUUUUUGACUUGCUGCACACUUUUUUUUUUGCUUGCGGGGAUCAAAACCUCUUCAGACAGCUAUGGCACGUGCCGGGAAGAGAAAGAUAGAGUUGCCAGGAGCCGCUUCGCCAAAUGUUGUGAACUCAUAAGGCCUUCCAGGUUGCAGUGCAGUGGCGUUUGUGGGGAAGUGGUGGAGAUCUAAUCCUCACUCAGCGUGUAUCGUAGUCAUCUUCCUGCCCUUUAAGUGGGCUUCAUUGGGCUUUGACUUGUGAUUUUGAUGGUUAUCCAAUCGACUUUGAUUUUUAUAUGUGUACAUUGCAUGCUGUGUCAAUUGAUGAAUGGAAAGGAGAAGGAGCUAAUAAGCAGCAAGAAUAUGCAGGUUAUGGGGUGCACAUAGAGACUAGACGGAAGACUUCUAAGAUCACGUUACACACCAAGAAGAAAAUUGUUUAGUUAGAAGGGUAAGUUCUGCAUGGCCAGCAUGAGAGCCGUUUCACGAAUACUAGGCCACCAAGAAGAAGACGUUGGAUGUGAUGUACUGCUUGUGCACGAUCUUCAAUCAACUUGUAACAUGAGAUAUUCCUCACCUAAAUCCAAAUUUUGCUUGUAAACAACUAUUUGUGUAGCCUUGUGAACGAGAAGAGAAAUGCAUGCAAGUGAAAGAGUCGUUGUUUUGCACGAAG